AUGGUAGUAAAGGUUUACAUCGCCUCUUCAUCUGGCUCUGUGGCGAUAAAAAAGCAUCAGCAGGACGUGGUGGGCUUUCUCGAGGCCAAUCGGAUCAACUUUCAGGAGGUAGACAUCACAAUGUUGGAAAAAGAGCGAUUGUGGAUGUACAACAACAUUCCCAAAGACAAGCAGCCGGAGAAGGGGAGACCUGUGCCUCCGCAGAUCUUCAACGAGGAUCAAUACUGUGGGGACUAUGAGGAUUUCUUCCAGUCAAAAGAAAACAACACUGUGUUUGUGUUUUUGGGCCUCAGAACAAAGCCUUCUGUAAAAGAUUCGGAGUCCUGA